AUGUCCCUUAGGGUAUCGUGCCAAACAGUUGCUUUGCCUCCUCCUCCGGUUUCCACCAAUGUCUAUAUCACCACCUUUCCUCUGACGGACACAUCCCGUGUCGACCGGUUUGCACCAUGUUGCAAUCAGCCUCGCCGCUUGAUGCUGUCCCUUUUCCAACCAACCAAUUGCACCAAGACCCAUGGAAUUUCAUAUAUGCCGCCAGUUACAGCUGCUUUCCAUGAUGCCAUGUUCGGCCCAUAUGGCAUCCCCAACGGAACAUUUGAAGCAUUCCGCCUGCAGACAUGUCCUUUACCACCAAACCACACCGACUUUCCAGUGUUACUCUUCUCCACAGGAGCUGGAACUUCUCGCUUGACUUACAGCGUGCUCUGUCAGUGGGUUGCUUCGAUGGGCUUCAAUGUUAUUUCAAUCGAUCAUACCUACGACGCCCCAGUUGUGGAGUUUCCAGACGGGACGGUCAUUCAGGGUGCCAACAUCACCCUGCCGGAUGACUUGCCACAAGUGCUGUCACUCAGAGUUGCCGACGUUAUGUCUGUGCUGAACGCUUUGUCCAACUCAACCACGAUGGAACAACUUGCCAUCCCGUCUUUCAACACCAAGCGUGUGGGGAUACUCGGGCACUCCCUCGGUGGCGCAACUGCUGCAAACGCAAUGCUGGUUGAACCGAGACUUGCUGGUGGCCUGAACAUGGAUGGCAGUGUAUAUGGUCAGGCCAUGAAUAAAACUAACAAAGAUCCUUUCACUAUCUUUGCGGCACAAGAACAUAAUCAAAGCACUGAUGCAACAUGGACUGCGUUUUGGCAGGAGCUGAAGGGACUGAGACUGCAGCUGCAAGUCAACAAUACCAAACACGGCACCUUCACCGACUAUCCCAUUCUGGCUGGUAGCAUUGGGAUCAAUGCCACUGUCCUUCCACCGAUUAAGGAGUUGAUUGGGACUAUUAACGGAAUUAGAAUGAUGAAUAUCUUGCGCAGAUACAUCGGAGGGUUUUUCCAGGAGACGCUAGAGUCUCAAAGAGUCAAACUUCUCGAAGGACCGAGCUCGCAGUUCCCGGAGGUUGCAUUCGUGAACAUGUCUUUGGGCCGCUACGCUUGA